ACGUCCGGUUACUUGAUGGUGGUGUCCAGGGCUGCGAAAGCUACGAAGGUUGUUCUGUGGCAGUCUGUCUGUCACCUGUCAAAUGUUCACGCAUGUUGCAUGCCCUGUGAAGUGAAGCCUCGGUUUGUGGUCCUGUAUGGGUCUCAGAAGGGCCAAGCCCAGUCCAUAGCAGAAGGGAUAGCCGAGGAGGCGGAGGAGCACGGGCUGGUUGCAGAUCUCAGCUGCUUGAAUGAGAACGAGAAGUACAAUUUGGAGAAGGAGAGUGCCCCAGUGGUCUUUAUUGUUUCUACUACUGGAGAUGGGGAACCGCCGGAUAAUGCCUUAAAAUUUGUAAAGCACAUCAAGAGGAAGACCCUCUCCACUGACCACUAUAAGCACCUUUCUUAUGCACUUUUAGCUUUAGGAGACACAAAUUAUGCAAAUUUCUGCAACUGUGGCAAGACCAUUGAGCGCCGUCUACAAGAACUCGGAGCCAAGCAAUUCUAUGCUACGGGUUAUGCAGAUGAUGGUAUAGGGCUGGAGUUGGUUGUGGAUCCCUGGCUUGGGGGACUGUGGAAAGCUAUCAAAGAAUCCUUAUCAAAAAUGGCUUCUGUUGGGACAGCUCACUUGAAAGAGAGCCCAGAGGAUUCAACCAAAGAAACUCCAGAUUCAUCAGUUCCAGAUGUCCAACUGAACCUCUUAAGCAUCGCUGACCAGCAGAACUGCGAGUCAGUCAGAGCAUCUGUACCCGCGGACUCCAAAUUUGCAUCUGUUGCUUCAUCUUCAGUUUCUGCCGCUUCUGAUCUCAAGCCAGCUUCUCCUGCGGGGAGCCCUGGGUUGGCAUCCCAGUCUGGUGACGCUGCCAGUGUUUCCACAUCAGCAUCAAAAACACACACAGAGGAAACUGGAGUUCCCCACGUUGCACUGGCACACUCACUGUCAUGCUCCGUGCCACCCCUGUCUGAGUCCUCGCUCAAUGUUCCUGCUCUGCCUCCUACCUAUCUAGAUGUUUCUCUUCAGGAGGUGGACACUAUGGAAGAGAUUGUGGGGCCAUUAAACAAAGAGGCUCCUCAUCAGGUGCCUAUAUCCAAGGCAGUUCAACUGACCAGUGGAGAUGCAGUCAAGACAGCACUUCUCCUGGAACUGGAGAUCUCUGCUUACCCAGUGUUGGCUUAUCAACCAGGGGAUUCCUUUGAUGUGUUCUGCCCAAACAGGGCCGCAGACGUGGACCACAUGCUCCACAGGCUGGGCCUUGACAGCCAAAGGAACCACCAUGUCAAUAUUUCGCUGCAAAAAGACACUAAGAAAAAAGGUGCCCAGGUGCCACCCUACAUCCCACAGAAUGUUUCUCUCCUGUUUUUGCUCACCUGGUGUCUGGAGAUCAGAAGUGUUCCCAAGAAGGCGUUUCUGCGAGCUCUGGUGGAGCAUACAGGGGACAGCGUGCAGAGGAGGAGACUGCAGGAGCUCUGCAGUAAACAAGGUGCUGCAGACUACAACCUGUAUGUGAGAGACCCGAGCCUCAGCGUUUUGGAGCUUCUUACAGCCUUCCCAUCCUGCUCACCUCCUCUCAGCCUCCUUAUAGAGCAUUUGCCAAAACUGCAACCCCGGCCUUAUUCAGCAGCCAGCUCUCGUCUUAGACACCCAGGAAAGCUUCAUUUUGUCUUCAACGUGGUAGAGAUCCCAGCAUGCUCCGGCCGGCCCGCGGGGAGACGAGGCUUGUGUACUGGCUGGCUGUUUGACCUCAUCAAUCCUGGCCUGGUUUUCCCUGGGAAGGCUGAUUCGUCCAGCAGCCCAGCGCUGCCAAAGAUCCAUGUGAGUUUGAGACCCAACGCGUCUUUUCGGCUUCCCCCUGAUCCAUCAGUGCCCUUCAUCAUGGUUGGCCCAGGCACCGGAGUCGCUCCAUUCAUCGGCUUCCUCCAGCAAAGAGAGGAGGAGAGACAGACGAACCCCGAGGCCAUAUUUGGAGAGACCUGGCUGUUCUUUGGAUGCCGCCACAGAGACCGAGACUACCUGUUUCGAGAGGAACUCGAGGGCUUUGUGUCCAGAGGUAUCCUGAGCCACCUCAUGGUGUGUUUCUCCAGGGACCACGGGGAGCACGAGGACGCCGCCACCUCAGCCGCACGUCCCAGAUAUGUCCAACACAAUCUGCUGCUUAACAGCCAGCACAUCACUGACGUCCUGCUCAAACAAAACGGUUACCUCUAUGUCUGCGGGGAUGCUAAAAACAUGGCUAAAGACGUGAAUGAGACCUUGGUGGAAAUAAUUAAAACGGAGCUGCAGGUGGACCAACUGGACGCCAUGAAAAGACUGGCAGGGCUUAGAGAAGAGAAGCGCUACUUACAGGACAUCUGGGGCUGACAGUUGAUGAUUAGAUAAGGGCACUUUGCAGGAUUCACGGGGCUUUCUUAAACCUUCUUUAAAAAAAAACCCAGCAUCCUCAGCUGUGACCCAGAGAACCCUAAAAUUGUCGUGCUGAAGCCUGGAGAUAGUUUACACAACUCAGCGCUGCCAAGAAGGAAUGCACCACACUGACCCGGGGAUAUCGGUUCACUACACCAUCUUUGGCUUUGCUUUUUGAACAGAAAUGACCUUGGUCAGGGCAGUGGUGCUGCAGAUUAGUCCUGCAGUGUGGAAAUGCUUUUAGUGUAGACAAGCCUCCUCCGUUUGUCCUUGCCUGGAAAAAAAAAAGAGGCAUUUACUUCCGUUGGCUGUGAUGGAGUGAUUUCGAUGGGGUCGAGAGCGGGAUAUCGCUCCUGCGUAGAUGGAAACAACUCAGCAAUCUGUAGCUGUUAAACAAAACACACACGGGAAAUGGUUUAUGAUCAUUCAGAUAUAAAAGUUUGGCUGCUCUUUGCAAAACUACUACGCCUUCUUCAUUUUACCUUAAGUCUCAAAUUUCAAAUGCAGGUUUUAAUGUAUGCGAUCCUAAAAAAGGGCUGAUUGACAGCUGUAUAAUUUAACUCCAUGGAGAUGAGGGAGGAUUUUCAGUCAUUUAUCAUUACCGUGUGUCAAGACUCAAGCACAGAGGGCGUGAUUCUCAAUGAUAAUGCAAAGGCCCGACUAGAGCAAUUUAUCUAACUGACUUUGUUUGUGCCUGUCUGCCCCCACACACCCUGCAGAGUGCCAGCUUUGGAGGCAGCGAACUGCAAACUUUUCUAAGUCCCGAAAAACCGACUAAAACCUCUCAAACUGUGGGUAAAACAAACACAUCUGUGCUUUGUGUGAUCGGGAAAUAAAAGACAUUUCA